GUACAACAGUCAACAGUAAACAAUAUUAGUACUAAUAAUUAUUGUUUACAAUUUUCAUGUUCUUUGUUUACGGAGAACAUUAUAAACGGUAGUCGGUACUUCGGAAGUAUUUGUUCAUGGACUAGCGGUGGAACCUACUAUUAUUUUUUUGUAGUACAGUCUACUUCACAGAUAAAUAAUUAUAAGUUUUUAGUUUUUAGUUUUUACUGGAAAAAUAUUGGAGAUAGUUUUUAAUCAAUGAAAACCAACUAUGAAAAUAUUUAGUGUUUUAUACUCGUAUACUCUUAUCGGUUCUGUUUGAAGUUCGCCAAAUUGAUGGUUCAGUAAAAUGUAAGUCAUUUCGUUUGAAAAUUCUAUAAAAAAAUUAAAAAUGGCUUCAUCCAGUAAAAGUUUGGGACCAUAUAAAAUUAGUCCUGAAGAAUUAGAAGAACAGAGGCGUCAACUUAGAUGUAUCAACAGGCGAUGUAGGUAUGGUGAUGUCCUGCUCGAUGCGGUAGCAUUAGUAUGCUCUUAUUAUGAUGUCGAUUACAAACCGGGCAGAGAGGUUUGCUCAACGUGUCUAGCUAAAUGUCUUAGACAUUAUAAGUAUCUUGAAUUAAAAUGGAAGGAGGGAAAGUGUGUUAUGGAUUCCAGUUUUCCAAGUUAUGAUUCAUACUUGGUUAUUGAUGAUUCGUCGUGUGAAGAAAAUGAUGAACCAGAACAUCCAAAACCUAGUACUUCUAAAGAGGGUUUACCUCCUGACCAAGAAGUUAAAAAGGCUAUUGAUAGUGCAAUCGUGCAUUAUUUUGAUAAAAACAAAUAUCUCUUUGAACAUCAAGUUAAAUUAUGUGAUGAGUAUAUGACACAAGGAAUAAAAAAAUGUUUGAUUGAAGCAGAUGCAAUUGAUAAAAUUGCUGCUCAGUUAGAAGAUGAAAUGAAAUCAUUAAGAAAUGAAAUAUAUGACCCAUAUCAACCAAUAAUAACAUCUUUAGAUCCUGUGGAAAUCAAUGAUCUGGAGGAGAGCACAGAUGAGGAAUAUGAAGACCUCGAAGCACCUAAUAAUGAAUUUCAGUUGCCUGUAGAAGAACUCACUACGGCUAAAGAAGCUAAAAGAAUUAAACUUGAUAACUCUGAUAAGGAAGAUAUUAUCUCUAUUAGAAGAACUUAUUGUCCUAUUCCUUCUAAUAUACCUAUGGAAGGGCCUUUAGACUAUCCUCCUCUUGAGAAUGAACAAAUUGUAUAUGCAAUGAAGUUAACAUUAAUGCAUCCAUGGUAUAGAUGUAAAAUCAAAACUUUAAUUAAUAGUGAUUAUGUACAUGUCAAAUUUGACAGCGAUGAAAAGUUAGUGACAACUAAACAAGUUGCAUUCUCUACACUGAAUACAGUAAGAUUUCCUGUGGGUUGUAGAAUAAUUGCUAAAUAUUCAGAUCCAUAUUUUAGACAUGUCGAUGAAUUUUAUGCUGGUAUAAUAGCCGAACCUCCAAAAAUGCUUAAUGACUUUCGAUACUUGAUUUUUUUUGAUCAUGGUUAUGUUCAAUAUCGAAAACAUCAAGAUAUCCGUUUAAUUGCACGCAAAUCAAAUCAAGUAUGGAAUGAUGUACACCCAAAUUCAGGAGAAUUUAUAAGAAGUUAUUUAGAAAAGUAUCCUGAACGUCAAAUGGUUAAAUUGACUAAACAACAUUCAGUUCGAGCAGAACAUGACAACCAAUGGCAGAUGGCAAAAGUGCUUGAUGUUGAUUCAUCUUUGGUCAAAUUAUAUUUUCCUGAUUAUAAACAUAGUGAAUGGAUUUAUCGUGGUUCUUCACGUUUGUAUAAUAUUUUUGAAAAACAAACCAAAUCUGAGAGGGGCAUUCGAUUAAGGCAAUCUGGAUUGGCUUAUUUAAAUAAGCCAUUUGUAGAAUUUACAAGUGUAGAAGAAGAACCUUGCCGUAAUUCAAGUAAAUAUGGUAUAAUUCGUAAAAGUACCAGCAAAUUAACAACACAAGAAGAUGAAAAUACAGGUGAUGGAUUUGAUGUUAAUACUAAAUGUAUAAAAAAAACCAAUACUUUUAAGAUUAUUGAUAUAAUAUUGCCUAAAAACAUUCCCAAUCCAUUAAAAUUUAUUAAACACAAAUGUAAUCCUUCAUGUGUUGAAUGGACAGCAUAUAACUAUGAAAGAACAAGACAAAUCAGCAUGUUGAGUAUUCCUUUACAUUUUGGUUUUGUCAGGUAUCUUACAUUAUUUAAUAACUCUCAAAAGUAUAUUUUAUACAGAACUCCGUGUGGUGUAACCAUUCGAAACAUGAAACAGAUGCUGGAAUAUCUUAUCAUUACCAAAAGCAAAAUGACUAUUGACCAAUUUGAUUUUAAUAGUUGGGUUAAACCAUUUUCAGAAUUUAAAAUCAUAAAAUAUGUGCAGUUUUUAAAAGAUAUAUCAGAAGGUAAGGAAUUUAGGGGCAUAACAUGUGUGAAUACUAUUAAUAAUAUAUUGCCACCAAAAAUGGAUUAUAUUACUACUAGACAAGCAAUGCCAGGUGUUAACAUAAAUGUAGAUACUGAUUUUUUGUGUGGUUGUGACUGCACUGAUGACUGCCAAGAUAAAUCAAAAUGUGCCUGUUGGCAGAUGACUAUAGAUGGACAGAAGAUUUUACCUAAUCUAUACAAAGACCCUAAUAUUGGUUACAGUUAUCGAAGAUUGCCUGAACGAGUUUUAACUGGUAUUUAUGAAUGCAAUAAAACAUGUAAAUGUUCCAGUUCAUGUUUAAAUCGUGUCGUACAAAAUCCAUUAUCACAAAAAUUACAAUUGUUCAUGACGGAGAAAAAAGGAUGGGGUGUACGAUGUUUAAACGAUAUACCUCAAGGAAGUUUCAUAUGCAUUUAUGUUGGUUCUUUGUUAACUGAAACUGAUGCUAAUGAAGGUGGCAAAAAUUAUGGCGAUGAAUAUUUGGCAGAAUUAGAUUAUAUUGAAGUUGUUGAAAAAAUAAAAGAAGAUUAUGAAAGUGAUAUAUCUUAUAGUGACCAUGAGAAUGAUUUGGAAAAGAAUCAAUCCGAAUCAUCUGAUGAACAAUAUCCUUCUACAUCUGAUGGCAAAAGAACUGAAAUGACACUUAGAUUGCGCAAACGGAAAAAAUCUAAAACUAAGAAAGAUAAUAAACAUGUGCAUGUUCCAUCUAAAUUAAAUGCACGUGAUAUGAAAAACAACCCUGAACCUCCAAAAUCAAUGCGUGAAUAUUUUGGAAAUAACGAGAGUGUAUAUAUUAUGGAUGCAAAAACUAAUGGUAAUAUUGGACGUUAUUUAAAUCAUUCAUGUUCUCCAAAUACUUUUGUCCAAAAUGUGUUUGUGGAUACGCAUGACUUGCGGUUCCCAUGGGUAUCAUUUUUUGCACUCCAUUACAUACAAGCUGGAACAGAACUAACUUGGGAUUAUAGCUAUGAUAUAGGAAGUGUUCCAGGAAAAAAGAUGAAAUGUCAUUGUGAGUCUGUUUACUGUAGAGGGAGAUUACUAUAAUUAUGACUAGUAUGAAGAGUCAAAAGCAUGAAACAAUAUAUAAUUAUUUUUAACAUAAAUACUCUAUGAUAACAGAAUAAUUUUUUUUUCAUAAUUAUGUCAU